AUGGCACGACUCAACACCGCCAAAUCACAGAGCCUCAGAAGCUCUCCACGGAAAGCAUGCUUGAACGAACAAGCUUCCCGGUCACCCGAUAGCCCGAUAGCCCAUGAUCUAGGUUCUGGAAUCCGUAACCUCAAAGGCUCAACACAAAAACCGAAAAAGGGAUCAGGCACACUAUUCGAUAUAUUCACAGAUGAAGACCUGUCAUUUGAUGGCACAAGCAUGAUUGGGGAUCAAAAUUCGCCAUCAAUCUCCCCCAGCAAACAAAAGAAGACGCGAACCCUUAAACUCGCCAGAACCAACUCGCUCCUCCUUCCUCUGCAACAGAGACCACGCCAAAGACCCAGUGUCAAAUUGGAGACUGAUGACUAUGAAAAGGAAAACGAUCUCACGGAAUAUGGAACAGACACAAACUCGCCCACAAUGAGCUCUGUUCCACAACGAUCGACAGUCAGACGAAACACGACACGAACCCCAAGAACCAACACAACCGCUAGGUCUUUCAGUCGUCUGAGCCCUGGGGUUGAAGAAGUUUUUGGCGACAAUAGCUUUGCCUCCUUGGAAGACUUUAUUGUCAGUGACAACGAGGAGCCCAGCUAUCAUGAGACAUCCGACUCUGAGACAGAGGUUCAAAAGAAUCCAACACCGCCACCACCUCCAAAAUCCGCUCGAAAGAGACUGAUCAGAGGACGGCGACCUGGCUUUAAUACGGAGGAGAAUGGGGAGAGAUGUUCUUCUCCUUCUGAUUCAUUCGGUCUAGAGGUUAAGCUUCCUGAUUCUGUGAAGCUUCCUUCAAGCCUCCCGGUGAACCCUAAACACAAGUUUCAAGAUGAUCUUGAUCUUUCUACAAAGCUUGGAGACAUGGAACUCAAUGUCGACAAUGAGUUGACUUCUCAGGUGGAGACGGACUCUUCUCUGUCCAUCAUAGAUCUGGACUUAUCUCCUCCACCAUUAAAGCCGACAAGCAGGCGUUCUCAGACACCACCUUCCACCCCAUCACGAAAUCGAUUCUUAAGAUCUCCGACUAAGGAGAAAUCCCGCAUCCCUCCUACGCCUCAUCGUGAAAGUACAGAUGCCUUUUGGAGCCAGGAGGUAGCCAACGACUGGGUUGAUCAACAUUCACCACGCAAAGAUAAAACCUCCGGUCGAUCUGUCAUCGAAUUGCUCCAAGACUUCGACGACUCAGACGGAGGCAGCAGCCAAGACAUCAGUACUAGUACCGAGCCGGAAUCAAUCUCGAAAGUCACCAUGAAGGAAGCAAAGACACCUAGCAAAACCGCCCUCAAAAAGGCUGAGACGGAAGCACGGAAGGCUGCAAAGGCCCGCCGGCUCUCUUUCGACAACAAGAAAGCGGACUUCGCAAAUACCUUUCUCCGUGUGCUAGACGACGCCGUGGCGGGAGGAAAAGUUAGCCAGCUUGCCGAGAAGACCGGUGGCGUGGAAAUCAUUUGGUCUAAAACACUACAGAAAACCGCUGGUCGAGCACAAUGGCGUGGUAUAAAUGACAGAGAUUCAAGUGGUCGCGUGAUCCCCAGCUCUAUCCGCCAUCAUGCCAAGAUUGAACUGGCUGAGCGAAUCAUCGACGAUGAGUACCGGCUGCUCAACACCCUUGCUCAUGAAUACUGUCAUCUGGCAAACUACAUGGUAUCAAAUUGCCACGAUAACCCGCACGGCGCGAGUUUCAAGAUGUGGGGAAAUAAAUGUGCCGAGGCAUUGAAGAAUCAUCCCAUUUAUGGUGGUCAGAUCCAUGUCACGACGAAGCAUUCUUAUAAGAUCGAUUACAAGUACGUCUGGGCGUGCGUGAGCUGUGCUCAAACCUACGGUCGUCACUCGAAGAGUAUUGACCCGACUCGUGUUCGAUGUGGUGCUUGUAAAAACAAGAUUGAGCAGAUCAAGCCUAAGCCGCGGAAUGUGUCACCCAAGAAGAAUCCUGCUACAUCUGCUUUCCAAAAGAAGAUUGUGGAUGACGUGACACGAGAUUUCGGAAGAUUUGUCCUAUAG